AUGCUCACCAAGAUUUUGUUCCUCGGCCUGGUCAGCCUUAGCUGUGCCGUAUCGGUCAAGUCUCCUCAUAAACCACCACCUCCUCCUCCUCAUCCAGCAGCACCACGACCAUGGUCGACUUUUGCGGAAAAUAAUAUCUUCCAGCCUGACUCCAACCACAGUAUUCUCUAUCCGCGACAAGUCGAACUAUCAGAUGGAAGUCUCCUUGUAACAGCCUCGUAUGGGGGGGACAAAACUCCAUAUUUCCCGAUAUUCCGAAGUGCAGAUGGCGGUGCUACCUGGUCCUGGAUCUCAAACAUGACAGACCAGGUUAAUGGACUGGGGAUGUCAGCUCAGCCAGCGCUGACAGAAUUACCGUAUGCCGUUGGCGACUUCCCAGCCGGCACGGUUCUAGCCAGUGGAAACAGCUGGGGCCCUGAGAGCACGAAUAUCGACAUAUACGCUAGUGAAGACAAAGGUUACACCUGGAAGUUCGUCAGCAAUGUGGCGAGAGGCAGUGGACCGGAUACCACAAAUGGGAAUCCGUGUAUCUGGGAACCAUUCAUCCAGGUUUUCAACCACACAGUUGGCGUAUUUUACUCUGAUCAGCGUGACCCUCUGCAUGGCCAAAAGCUUGCUCAUCAGGAAUCGACCGAUUUGAAAUCCUGGGGCGCUGUGAUAGAUGAUGUGGCAUAUCUCAACUAUACUGACCGUCCUGGAAUGACGGUCAUUUCCUAUAUUCCACCUUUGGAGAAGUGGAUGCUGGUCCACGAGUUCCCAGGGGGCGAUAGCUGGUCUGGGGCAGGCUACCCAGUCUACUAUCGACUGGCUGAUAGCCCAUUCGAUUUCCGCUAUGCCUUCGGUUAUCCAAUCGUUGUAGACGGAAUCCAGCCAAGCUCGUCUCCUUAUGUUGUCUGGUCUCCAGUCGGGGGUGUCAACGGAACCAUCAUUGUCAGUGACGCUGAUUAUGCCAGCGUUUUCACCAACAGAGCCAAUGGCCAGCCUGAUCAGUGGGAAAUUCACGCCACACCGCAGCCGGCAGCAUACAGCCGCAGCCUCCAUGUGUUUUCAAAGAAUCCCGAUCACUUGAUGAUACUGGGUGCAGGUGUGUAUGCUCAAACAGAGGUUUAUCCGCUCUAUCUCAGUGUUGUGAGCUUGACGGAUACCCUGAAGAAGCCUGCUGGUAAUUAG